AUUUGCCUGCGACACAGGCAACGAACUGGUCGUAUUUCGAGAGCAAGUUGUACAAAAAAAAAUCCAAAUUAAAAAGUGUGAAAAAAGUACAGUGCCGUCAAAAUGUCGGCACUGCGCUUGAUUCCUCGCUGCAAGGCGAGGAAUCUGGGCCAGAUGUCGACUUCGCUGAUGUCGAUGGGUCGUCGAUUUGCCAGCGGCGGCGGCGAUGGCAUUCGCCUGCUCAUCGGCGAUCGUGAGGUGGUUGGCUAUGGGAUCAACGGACGACCCCUGUACUUCGAUAGCCAGGACUGCCCGUUUCCGGCCAUCCGAUAUCGCGAAGUCACCCCGGAGCUGUGCGCCAUACGCGAAAAGGAGCUGGGCGACUGGAAGAAGCUGUCGCUGGAGGACAAGAAGCAGCUGUAUCGCCACAGCUUUUGCCAAACCUACGCGGAAUUCCAGCACUUUUCGCCCGAAUGGAAGAUCUGCCUGGGCGUCGCCCUGUGGCUGGUGGCCAUUGGAUUCGGCGUGACGAUCGCCAUGAAGACCAAGAUGUAUGCCGAGCUGCCCGACACGUUCGACGAUGAACACCAGUCGGCCCAGCUGCGCCGCAUGAUCCAGCUGCAGAUGAAUCCCGUCACGGGGAUUUCAUCCAAGUGGUGCUACCACGAGAACAAGUGGAAGUAGCCCUCUACACAAUUGAUUUGCCGUAUGCUAUGUACAGAAACGUAGCAAGCAACACAUGAAUUUCACACUAACUACACUAUCAACAGCGACAUCGGUUGCCAAUCGAUCGAUCAGAUAUUGCCAAACGAAAUCAUUUCUCUCACACUAUAGCUACACAUACAAUGCUCUCACACUAUAGCUAGACAUACAAUGCUCUCACACUAUGGCUACACAUAUAUGCUCGUUACACGUUACUCGACUGCCAGCUAGUCGUAUUUUAACACUUACUAAACCUACAACUAGGUUAACAAAAAAAACGA